CAUCUCUCUAUUUUUCCUCUGUCAGCAGAGGCAGAGAGAAAGAGAGAGAAGGUUUAUGACAAAGAAAAAUGAUGGAAUGAGGUGAAGAGACAUCACCUUCAUUCAUCGUCAUCUCUUUCUCUUUCUCGCCCACUGUCUUAACUUAACCUCCUUUGUCUCUUUUGGUUUUUGUUGUUAUAUUGAGUUUCCUUUUUUCUAUAGUUUAUACAGAUCUUGAGUUUGUUGGGUGCACCUAAUUGUGCUUCAAAUCCCAACUAGCCCAGAUCUGUAUAAUCAAUCCACUUUGUUUUGAUAAAAGAUUUCAGUUUUUUUUUGUUUAUUUUACCAAAAAAUUUAGAUUUUUGUUGAUAUGGGUAUCUGUAUCUAGACUCAUCUACUCUUCUUUUUCUUGGGAUUUCCAAGUGUCAGAGACCCAUAUUAGAUCCCAAUAACCCCACCAUCAUUUCAUUGGCCUCUUAUUCUUAACUGGGUUCAUCCAACGCACCCCUCAAUUUGUUCUUUGUCUUGUAAAAAUCCGAUCUUUAAACGACAGCUGUUGAUCGGGGCUGUACUCUAAUCUCAGAGAGAGAAUUGUGCUGUUUUAGUUGGAAUCUUGGGUUCUUUAAUUGGGUCAUGAGGUGAAAUCUUACCAAAGUGAAUUUGUUCUUUGAAGAGUUUCAGCAGAUUAGCAUCUUUAUUUGAUUCUUAAUUAGACUUUUGAAGAGGAGGCCCACUGGUUGGGUUUGGUGGGCUUUCUCACAACCAAUUAGAACCCAUAUGUUGAAAGCUAUUUUCAUUAUAAAUACAUAUAUUUUGAAGAUCCCACUGGUUAUUUCUCUUGUUUUUUAAAGUUGUUGAGGUAGGAGAAGAGGAGAAGGAGACAAUUGGGUCUUCUCUUUUUCUUUUCACCUUUCCUUUUUUCCACUACUUGUUCCUUAAAUUUGAUCUUCUUCCACUUUAUCAAUCUACCAUUUAUGCCAAACUUGAAUUUGACCCCUAAAAAGAAUUCCCCUUUUUCUAAAUGCUACUUUACUUCUUGAUCACUUGUUUCUCCUUCAUCUUUUUGAAGUCUCUCCCUCACAAGCCACUACCUUCAUGGGCUACUGAGGUGAGAUUGCUGUCUCUUUGGUUCUGGAAAGAGUUGUUUUUGUUUCCUUAUUUUGAGUCCCUAAAAGUUACCCUUUUCAGAGCUUCUAAAAUUCCUUCUAAAAUCUCCAUAAAGAGAAUGACUCUCUCUUCACAUGGAAAGCUAGAAAAUCCCGUGGAUGAGACUGGAGAGAUGUCAAUUUUGGACUUGCCAGAAUUGGCUUUGGACUGCAUUCUUGAGAGGCUAUCACCUGCUGGGCUUUGUAGCAUGGCAGGUGUUUGUACUUCUUUGAGGGAAAGGUGCAUCAGUGAUCACCUGUGGGAAAGGCACAUGAAGAAGAAAUGGGGGAGGAUUAUUGGUCCUUCUGCUUACAGAGAGUGGCAAUUUCAUAUAGCUUCAAGCAAGGAUUUUGGAAGUUGCAAACUGAGCAAGCAGAAAAGCUUGAGGAAGCUUCUAUCUAUAGUUUGGCCUUCUUCUUGGAUGAAAUCAAAGGAUGAUAAGCUUAACAAUGAUAAUAGUUUCAAGCACAGCAGUUCUUUGUCUGUUGAUUCUAUAAUGUCCUGGUACCUUGCUAUUGAAUCUGGCAGGUUCUGGUUCCCAGCUCAGGUCUACAACCGUGAGAAUGGGCAUGUUGGGUUCAUGUUGUCUUGUUAUGAUGCUGAACUUAGCUAUGAUCCUCAGACUGAUACUUUUCAAGCCAGGUAUCCACCACAUGGAAGGAGAGCAAUUGCCAUAGAAACUGGUGUGCAAUGGGACAGGAUCAGAGCACCACCUGUUGAUACUUCUCCACAUGAUCUGCACAUCUCUGAUUGCUUGAAUGAUUUACGCCCUGGUGAUCACAUUGAGAUUCAGUGGAGAAGAAACAAAGAAUUCCCUUAUGGUUGGUGGUAUGGAGUUGUUGGUCACUUGGAAUCAUGUGAUGGGAAUGAAAAUUAUUGCCUGUGUCAUAAUAGCAACACUGUAGUUUUGGAGUUUCAUCAGUACACUCGUGGCUCGCGGUGGAGAUGUACAAUGAUCAACAGGAAAGAGCAUAGGGAGGAGGGAAAUGAAGCAGAUGGAUUCUAUGGAGGAAUUAGAAAGCUAAAAAGCAAAGAAGAAAUUUCCAGGUGGAAGCAGCUUUGGCCAAGAGAAAUCUUGGAGUAGGAGUUUUUCCAGGCUAAAGCUUAAACAUAAUGAGCAUGAUGAUUUUAAUCACAGAAGCCUCUACUUCUUCCACUAAAGAUUGAAAUUUUUCCAUUUACACUUGUAUUACAGCAACUUGUAAAAGUUGAAAAGUAGGCUUCUGAUUUAGCUGCAUAAAUGUGGAGGACAUCUUCAUCUCUCUUUUUUUUCCACUUGUUUUUCUUUUUCAUAUUUUUUCCGAGGCAGGAUUUCAUGCCCAUUUCAUGUGAUCCUGAUCUAUGUAAAAUGUCUCCCAUUAAUGCAAAUUUCAUGUACAAUAUCUAAGACAUGAUUGAUGUGUGUAAAAAUUUCACUUGGGAAAAAGUUCUACAAUAGAUUUCAUGUGAA